GUACAAGUAUUUGAAUUUAUUUAUUGAAAGAUCUGUUUGGACGUUAGUUGUAUUGUUUUUAACUUGAAUGCGGAUUAAUCUCGGCGCACUUGCUAGCACACCACUGUAGUUCGUUCUUUCACGUGGGCUCGCCAUUAGUGGCUAAAGUAAAUCAAGAUGGGAAGGGUCCCCCGAGUUCAGAGUAAAACAUAUGCUACUCCCCGACGUCCUUUUGAAAAGGAACGUUUGGAUCAGGAGUUAAAAAUUAUUGGUGAAUAUGGUUUGAGGAACAAGAGAGAAGUAUGGCGAGUCAAAUACACCUUGGGUAAAAUCCGAAAAGCUGCUCGAGAAUUGUUGACGCUUGAAGAGAAGGAUCCCAAACGACUUUUCAAUGGUAAUGCUUUGUUGAGACGAUUAAUCCGCAUUGGUGUACUUGAUGAAACCAAAAUGAAACUAGAUUAUGUUUUGGGUCUCCGUCUGGAAGAUUUCUUGGAGAGAAGACUUCAAACCCAAGUUUUCAAGCUUGGUCUUGCCAAGAGUAUUCAUCAUGCUCGAGUUCUUAUUCGACAAAGACAUAUAAGAGUAAGGAAACAAGUAGUAAACAUCCCAUCAUAUGUUGUACGACUAGAUUCACAGAAACACAUUGAUUUCUCUCUCCGAUCACCAUAUGGUGGUGGCCGACCAGGACGCGUUAAGCGAAAGAAUAUGAAGAAGACUGAUGCUGGAGGUGGAGCUGAAGAAGAGGAGGAUUAAUCUGUUUAAUCUUCACAAAAUAAAAAACAUCAAAUCAAAAUAAAA